CACUCGUCCCUUCAUCCCUGCCUUGUUCUGACCUCCCAUUAACUCCUCAUUGUUCCAUCUGCGAGGGGUGGCGGGUACUAAGCAGACUUCAGAAAAGUUAUUUCAUGAAGACUGGACUCCCACACUGAGUGUUCACCCAAGGCUCCAUUCAUUUAGCUCCCAUAUGACUCAUAUCCUCAUUCGUCCAUCCAUCAGACUCCGUCUUUUAUUAAGUCUUUACAUUCAUGUGGUCUGCUCCUUGCUAGUAAAAACUGAGGUCUAAACAGAUAAAUCAGACUGAAAGUAAACCUUUUGGAAUUGCCUUCACCUUAAUCCUAAAUAAAAUAUGAACUCUCUCUGCAACUUGUAAAAGGAAAUUUAGCCAAAUGAUACUUUGAGAUGCUUAUUUAUGUUGGAGCCUGUGUGGAUCAUUUUUGAGCCAGUGAGCAUGACUGCAAAUACAUCAUAAAUUUGAACUGGUGAAUAUUUCUUGACAUAGAAAUUCUUUAAGUUGGAAAAUUAUCCCUCCUCUAAAAAUGGUAGGAUGAUCUGUUUAAACAUUAUCCUUGUUUUUUCUUUUUCUUCUUCUCUCACCCAGACACUGUGACUGUUUUUGUUUAUAAUCAUGUAGCACCUCUGUGCUGCAUUCUGUUACACUUUUCCCUGAUCUGUAGGGCGGAGACUAAUGGCCCUUGACAUUGAAAGUCUCCUGAAAGAAAUGCCACUUUUUAGCUCUGCUGUUAAGGUACGAGGACCGUACUGUGUGCAACAAGCCUUUGGAUCUUUUGUCCCAAUUUGGUAAGUCCUGUGGACAACUGGAUCACUAUAGGAAAUAUUAGAAAUGACACCAACAUCAAGAAGGAUAUGUUGUUUUUGUCAAUCUAUUGUGCUUCAUUUUUGUGAACAGAAUAUAAACGCGAUCUAAUUUCCAGUACACCAGUGCACGUUUGUAUUUUUUUUAAUCUUACAAACAAGUGGAAGAAACGUAUAAAGCAUUAGAGAGCCUUUGGUUCAUGUGAAAGGCAGGGAGGAGGAUUACAGGAAGGUCUCUGAGUUGCUUCUUAUCACGCCGCAACAUCCAGCCUGCGGGCGCACUCAAUACGCGUCUUCGAGCUUCAGAGGGAAAAAAGGAAAACUCAUGGAAAACAAAAUGCACGGAAAGAUGAGUGCCAUCAGCAACACGUCGAUCGCCGAUUCAACUGAUUCGAAAGUAAGCGACUUGAUUGAUGCUGGACACAGCAGGUCUGUCAAAGUGGUCGCGCGUAAUUUGGGAAGCCUAGACCCUUUAAUUCAUGGCUUAAAUUCGAGUGGGGACUGCUCGGUUUAUAAGGACUGCAAUUCUAUUGACGCGUCAGUUUCUGCAAAACAGUCUUAUGACAGCAACAGUGACUAUUUAAAGUCUGGCAGUGUUUCCUGGGAAGAACUUGUCAAACUUCAGAGGUCCAGCGCAUCUCUGUCGGAAAGUGCCGCAAAUCUAAGCCUGUCCUCUACACCUGGGGCUUAUAAGUUCAUUAAAGACGAAAAGGAACCCGCUGUGAUUAUGGACACCCCCUGUCCGAAGUUUGCCACAUCACCUGAGAUCCGUACUCUCGACACCUGCUGCGCAACCGACAGCAAGCAACACCUGGGGCUGGAAGCAAUCUCCCGGCCACGGAUGGAGGGCUCUCCAAACUUCCUCAUAGAGCUGACCAAGCCAGAGCAGCUGGGGAACUCCGGAAGGACCGACUCCAGGUGUGCUCUGUCCGCCCAUUCCCCCGCGCCUCACACCGCCUCUCGCUGGCAGAUCCAAACCCCUACUUCUGAGCCUCCGUACUGGCUCCACACCAUGACCGAGACGGACGCCUUUCCAGCCAGCAGCUACGAAGGGAUUCAGAACCACAUCCAGACCCAGAGGAACCCUUCACCUUUCUCCACCUUUCCAGGGAUGCAUCCUCAGAGAAUGUGUGUUAUCUGUGGUGAUGAAGCAUCUGGCUGCCACUAUGGAGUCCUAACGUGUGGGAGUUGUAAAGUAUUUUUCAAAAGGGCAGUGGAAGGCCAUCACAGCUAUCUCUGCGCUGGGCGAAAUGAUUGCAUUGUGGACAAAAUUCGGAGAAAGAAUUGCCCUGCAUGUCGUCUCAGAAAGUGUUAUCAAGCAGGAAUGAUGCUUGGAGGCAGGAAACUGAAGCGCUUUGGAGCCUUGAAGGCCUUAGGCUUGGCCCCGUCCCUGAUGUUCCAGUCCCAUUUGGCCAUGUCCGGAGAUGGCCAGGCCUUGACCUCCAUGUCUUGUGUACCAAGCAUCCAUGAGCUUCAGCUUUCCCAACAAAUAAUUAACAUCCUGGAAAAUAUCGAGCCUGAGAUUGUGUACUCUGGUUACGACAACUCACAACCUGAAGUUCCCCAUCUUCUGCUCAAUAGUCUCAACAGGCUGUGUGAGAAACAGCUGCUGUGGAUUGUCAAGUGGUCCAAGUCCCUGCCAGGUUUUCGGAAUCUUCACAUCAAUGAUCAGAUGACUCUAAUUCAGUACUCAUGGAUGAACCUGAUGGUGUUCUCUCUUGGGUGGCGCUCUUUUCAAAAUGUCACCAGCGAAUACUUAUACUUUGCGCCUGAUCUGAUUCUUAGCCAGGAGCAAAUGAGGAGAUCCCCAAUUUAUGACCUCUGUCUGGCGAUCCAGUUCAUUCCUCAGGAGUUUGCCAACCUACAAGUGACCCGUGAGGAAUUCCUCUGCAUGAAAGCCAUAAUAUUACUCACCACAGUGCCACUUGAAGGUCUGAAAAGUCAGGCCGCAUUUGAGGAAAUGAGACAAAACUACAUACGAGAGCUGUCCAGAGCCAUUCACAUGAAGGAGAAGGGCAUGGUGGCCAGCUCCCAGCGGUUCUACCACCUUACCAAACUGAUGGACGCCAUGCAUGAGAUAGUGAAGAAGGUCAACCUGUUCUGUCUGAGCACCUUCAUCCAGGCCGACUGCAUGAAAGUCGAGUUUCCAGAGAUGAUGUCAGAAGUCAUCGCCUCUCAACUUCCCAAGGUGCUGGCUGGGAUGGUGAAACCCCUGUUAUUCCACACAAAGUAGUAAUGCAAACAUCAUGACUGUAUGGUGGUGGCCUUUGACUGGAUUACUGCUGCAUAAUACUUAAUUCUUCAGACCCUGCAUUCUGCUGUAGUCAAAUGUGUAAACUAUGAUAAAUGGCUUGAUAUAAUGCAAAAUGACAAAAAGAAAAAAAAUGGAUUGACAAGAAUGUAAAUGCCUACGAAAGCAUGAAUAUCCUUGAUGGUUUAAUUUUCUGUUUUUAAUCAUGUUACAAAAACAAACGAAUGUAUUUUAUUUGGGUUUUCUGUAACAGACCAACAUAAAACAGUGCAGAAUUUUUAAGUUUAGAUAGUAGUUGAGAUAAAAUAAUAUCUGCAGAUCAAUAACUAAAGUAGGGGUCACUUUAGCCAAAUGUUUUCCAUUUUUGCUUUUUUUAUUAUUAUUCGAAACAGUGACAGAAAAACCUGAGGGCCAUCCGUCAUUUUGUCAGAUUGCAAUUCACACUCCUGACCAAUUCGUGUAGUAGUAGUAGAUGUGUUUACGAGCAAAGUACAGCUAAUUAAGGCCUUGUCUACACAGAGACAAUUUUCAGUGUAUCUGCAAAAGAUUUUUUUAUUUUAGGCAGUGCGUUCACAUGGAUUCAGAGUCUUGUGAGACCACAAACUAUGCUUUUUGAUGACGUUGAAGCUCUAUUUCUCUUUAUGACUUGCAUGCCCAUCAAUUUCACAAAUAAACAAGGCUGGUUUGAUGUUUUUUGUGUCAUUCUCUGGUAAUAUUACAGCGCCACCGAUUGGCCCAGCAUACCCAUUACAUAUUUUUCUGUGGUGUCCUGUCAUGUAGGCCCACAUAUUUCUUAUUUUUUUAAGUGUUUCCAAAAAUUUAUCAUGCUCACUCUCCUAUUUCAGAGGGUUUGUCAACCUCUGAUCACUUCAGUUGGAGAAAUGUUCCCUAAUUUCAGAACACUGAAAGAAGUGGCUUGUAAUUCCAGUCUCUAGUGUAGCAGCAGAACACGGAUUCAGCUUCCAGAUCAACAUCAAAAUUCCCAGGAGAAAUCAUCUGUUUGAGGUAAAUGUGACAAUAGAGUCAGCAGAAAUGAUCCUUGAAACAUUUGACUAAGGAUAAGUGAGCAAGCAGAAUUCAGGCUAGAGCAGAUGCAUCGUUUGUAAUGUAAGAGCCAUUAUUUAAUUUGAUUGUUUUUACAUAUUGGUCCCACAGUCAGUGGUUUUUGUCACAGUGGAUGGAUUUGUCUGCUUGGUAUAUGAUGGAAUGAUAUGGAUUCUCUGUUCAGCUUAUUCGGUGAAUAUUGGUUAAAAUGAAUUGAAUGUCCAAUAGUCUCUAUGUUUUCUGAAUAACAGAAUAUUUGUAUUGAUAAUGGAAUGAACUUAAACACAAACUAUCUACUUUCCAUUCACUGUUAGAUGCCACUUUGUGUUGGUCUAUGACAUGAAAUCACAAUAAAAUAUAUUAAAGGUUACAUGAUGAAAUCUGAAAAGGGUGUAAACAUUUUUGCAAGGGACUGUAUCAUAAACAUAAUACAGUCUCUACAAGUUUUGUUAUAUUUAUUUGGUAAAGUUAUUUUUUUUAUUUUUAGUUAGUUUUCUGACUAACUAGUCAGAAGUUCAGUCAUCUUGCUAUUUUCUUUACGCAAUAUCUUGAUCAACAAGCAUUUGCCUUACUUUGUCUGUUCUCUUGUCUUUCAAAUUUUGGAGACCAACCAUAAAAAAAAUAGACCUAUUUGUCAUUUAUAUUUAAAACCCAGAAAAUUAAAAUUACAUAUUUUAAAUCUACAUCAUUUUAAAAAUGAUGCAAAAUACAUCAUUUAAUGCAUUCAAAUGAUAUUAAGAUUUUUUAAAAUUAAUUUAAAAAAUGUGCUCAAAUUAAAUAAUAGAUUUCACCCCUCCAAACAAAUCUGUGUGAGAUCUUAGUGCUACACUAAAUAAGUUUUAAAGAUUUUUACACAUCUUCACCAAGGUGACAAUAAUUGUGUUAGGUCCUGUAAAGCAUCAAUCUUUAUUCUUGUAUGUCAAAUAUUUUCCAAUGCAGCAACACGCUAGAUCAAUAAAAGAAUCAUCUGAAAUUUUUGAACUGCAAAAAAUUGAACAAAAUCUUACAUUCAUUGUGCAGAACAACUGCGUAGCUUAUUGACAUGCAAAUUCAAAUUGGGCAGGCAGAGAAAACUGGAGAGAUAUCUUCUUACCUAUUGUCAAAU